AUGCUUGUACAAACAUUUGCCAAGAUUGUCACCAUAUUGAUCUUCUCCUGUCUUGGAGAAUGUAUGAGGCCGAAUACGCCUACUGGUCAUCAGGGAAAUGCUGAUGGACAAGCAAGUAGUCAGCCUACUACUUCGGGUGCGACUACUUCCCUUCCUCAUAGAAUCAACCCAGUAUUCACCGCUACUGCGAGGAUGAAGCCUGUUACUGGGUUUGCAGAUCCGAGGUAUGCGGAAGGAUAUCGACAAAUAAAGGCUUCUUCUACCACGAAACAAUUAAAAGGAGUUUCGCAUACGGGUAUUCUUGGAAAUCCUUCUUCUGAAUACAAAUAUCCAAAAUUGACCUUGAAAUCAGGCAGAAAGGAAGGUGGAAUCAUAAGUCACUUUCAUCAUCCGAGAGAGAUUCCAGGACAGGCACCAUAUGGAUACAUGCAACAUCAACAGCUUGAAACAACCUUGGAUCGAAACACUCUCGCAAGAAAGGACCCGCUCAACUUUAGAAAACAUGAUCGUUCAACGCCCAAUAAACGUACCUUCGAAGCUGUUCGAGAAUGGCAGGACAAUGCACGACAUCCAAAAGCAUCUUUAGCUUACAUGGUGCCUGCCAAUCCUUCUGCAAGUCAUAAGAGACCAAGAGUUGACGUUGAUGGAGGGAAUUACCAUGGCCAUCUAGUCACUCUUCUCUAUGGUCCUGAAUCACCUCCGAAGCAAAGCAGUCGUAAUCGUUCACCAAUCAGCGGAACAGCAGCUCAUCCCAGCGCACAAGAAGAUGAUGAUUUCGCUCGAAGCCUUUUAAGAUCCCGAACACCCUCACCAGAUGCUGGUGAAAGUAGUAAGAGAAGACGCACAGGGGAGUUGCCAAAAUGA